UACGCUCCUUCUCCCGUUCGACAAUUAGGUGAUUGGUUGUUCUUCACUUCUUUCACAUCCUGAAAUGUCUGCAUAUGACAAUGUGGUUGGUGGCAAGCUGAAACUUAAGGGCAAAGCAUUGGAUGUUAAGAGUGGUGGAAUGAAAAAGAAGAAGAAACAAAAGAAGAACUCUGAUCAGAUUGUCUCUCAAGUCAUGGAUCCUGAACUCUCUGCAGGUGAAAGUGCCGAAUUGCUCGUUGACUCAAACCAGGAAGAGAUGAUUGAAGAUGCUGACAAAUCCGUUGGGAAAGGAGAUGCUGCUCGAGAUCCUCUCACCCCAGCAGAGAGACGCUACAUGGAACAAAGAGAGAGGAUCGAUAAGAAGAGGAUGGCCAAGACUGCUAACAAAUCACACAGAGACAGAAUUGAAGAUUUUAACCAGUAUUUGGCUAAUAUGAGUGAGCAUUAUGAUAUCCCCAAAGUUGGCCCUGGCUAAUGAACGUUAGUGAUCACUGCAAGGGAGGCAAACUUGGUUCUUAAAUAGUGCUAGUACAUUGUCUUCUGAAAUAUGGCACUUUGAGUCGUUGCACUUGUGAUAGCUUUACCAUUGUAUCGAUUAUGGAUAUUCAUAUCAUGUCAAAAAACCAACUCAACCAAAAGCUCAAGAUUGUGCUCCAGAAAAUUCUUUAUAUAUUCUAACACGCCCCCUCAAGUGCAGGCGUGACUUCUUUGAGCC